AUGAAAAGAAGUGCCGAAGAAAUCAGCCCGGGUUCCAAGAGCCAGAGAUCAAACAACGAAUAUCGCGGGUACACUGUGAAUGACGCAGACACCGUUUUGUCAGUGAGCGACGUUGGGUCAUUCAGGCUGCAGUUCAUUGACGCAAGAAAACCAGUCAAAUUGACUUGCGGCGCGCCCAUCUCGAUCGGGAAGUUUCGCCUCGAGUCCAUUCUAGACACAUUACAGUACGAGCUCCCCUUGCAGGUGGAGCGGAAAGUCAAGUAUGGGUUUGGGCUGGGAAGGACCCGGGAGCAUCUUCAGUUGCGCGACAUUGUACAUAAACUCCGGCUGGGCGACGACUCGUACUACUUGACGACUCAGUAUGACGAGGAAGAAGACAGCAGCUUUGCCCAAUUGGGCGAUGGCGCUGCUUCUAACUCAGACCUCCUGCAACAUUCAGCCCAAGGGAAUGCAGGCGCCUCUUCAGACGACGACUCUAUAGACAUGUCUAACCUCCACGACGAUUUCGACGCAGGCGCCAGCUCGGAUAGCGGAGCCGAGUCAGAUCCAAACACCGACGACAUGGACGCGGAGGACGCCGAUUUCCGCGUGCGGUCGCUUUUCCAGCCGCCGCUCACCAACCUUGUGCAUGACGAGUCCUUUCCCAUCGCGCCGGCGCCCUUCCAGAACCUCAUCCCUCAACAGAUCAAUCUCUGGAUGGGAGCCGCUGCCACCGGGACCGCCAAACCAGACCUAUUGAACCCUAGCGCAGAAAGCUUGGGACGGUAUCUUCCAAGGGGGAAUUCGUCCGGACUCCACCAUGACCACGCCGAUAACUUGUAUGUCCUUGUCCAGGGCCGCAAGCGGUUCACUCUAUACCUGCCGAACGACGCGGCCAAGCUCUACACGGUGGGCGAUAUCCACCGGAUCUACGGCAACGGGCUCAUCGACUACCACGUCAACGAAAACGCCCGUUUCUGGCGCCCGAUGCGGGAAGACGGCGCCAUCCAAGCCGAGUGGGCGCGCUGGGCGUUGGAAAACAACAUCACGUGCGGGCACACGUCUGCCCAGUUGACUGCGAUGAUUGAAAACGAACCCACGUGUGCGGCAAACGCGGAAACCCGCCUUGACCCGCCUAGUUUCUCGCGUGUGCCGCCGAUUCUUGCCCACCUAGACGAGGUGCCGGAUGCGGCCGAGCGCCGGGCGCUACAGGAGUAUGCGGACCGUGAGUUCCCGGGCUUCCGCCAUCUCGGCAAGUUGGAGGUAUGGCUCGAGCCGGGCGAAAUGCUCUAUGUUCCGACGGGAUGGUUCCACGAGGUGACCAGUUUUGCCAGCGAGGCCGGCGCCGCACAUGUCGCGCUCAACUGGUGGUUCAUGCCGCCGAGCCGCGAAGGCGAGAAUCCGUACGACGACGACUACUGGGCGGCCGACUUCGAGACCACCCAGAUGGCCCUCAGCAUGACCCGGGAAGCGGCGCUCUGA